AUGGAAGAUCCUGAGAGGAAGACUGAGGUAGUACUGCUGGCCUGUGGGUCUUUCAAUCCCAUCACCAACAUGCACCUGAGGCUGUUUGAGCUGGCUAAGGACUACUUGCAUGAAACAGGAAAAUACAAAGUCAUCAAAGGCAUCAUUUCACCAGUGGGUGAUGCAUACAAGAAGAAAGGUCUGAUCAGUGCAAAUCACCGAGUGACCAUGGCAAAACUGGCUACAAAAGACUCGGAUUGGGUGGAAGUUGAUGAUUGGGAAAGCAGCCAGAGUGAGUGGCAGGAAACACUCAAAGUUUUAAGGUACCAUCACCAAAAGCUUUCAUCUCCUGAUGGCACUAACAGUCUGCAGGAUGCUGUUCCCUUGCCAAGGGGAAGGAAGAGGAAGCAGGAACCAAACAGAUAUGAGCCUGUUAAAAGGAAAAGUCAGAGUCCAGAUAUAAAGAGUGUCCCACAAGUUAAACUGCUGUGUGGAAGUGACGUGCUGGAAUCUUUUGGGAUCCCUAACCUGUGGAAAUUGGAGGACAUCACUGAAAUCGUGGAGAAGCAUGGCCUUGUGUGCAUCAGCAGGGCUGGAAGCAACGUUCAGAAAUUCAUCUAUGAAUCUGAUCUUUUGUGGAGACAUAAGAAUAACAUUCACCUCGUGGAAGAAUGGAUCACAAAUGACAUUUCCUCCACCAAGAUCAGGAGAGCCCUGAGGAGGGGCCAGAGCAUCCGGUACCUGGUGCCUGAGGGAGUGAGAGCUUACAUAGAGAAAAAUGACCUGUACAGUCCUGAGAGUGAGGACAGGAAUGCUGGGGUGGUCCUGGCUCCCUUGCAGAAAUAUGCCAGUGACUCCAGCAACUAA